AUGGGGAUUGCUAUCUUUUCUUCUUCAAACCGCGGCGAUUCCUUCAUUGCAGCCGGUACAGUCUCAGCAAUAUAUGCCGUUGACGAAAACUUUGUCAUCAAACUCCAUCCCUCAUCAGGGGGUUUCGAGCGCCAAGCUUACGACAUUGAAGUUCGCUCUUACAAGCGACCUGGGCACCAUGAACACAUUGCAUCUUGCGAAGUAACCGAGGAAGGUCUCCUACUGGAACGCGGGAUUUGUCUUCGGACCAUACUUCAGAGUGCUGGAAGCACUUCUGAUGGACCGUCAAAAGCCAGGGAGUCUCCGAUCUCUUUAUCUAUGAAGCUUCGGUGGGCGCAGGAAGCCGCGGAUGGUCUUGCAUAUAUUCAUAGCAAGGGUAUUAUCCAUGCAGAUGUUGGUUGUCACAAUAUGAUUGUGAACAACUCCAACCACGUCAAGUUCAUUGACUUCGCUGGUUCCGGCAUCGACAGUGAAGCCCCUCUAGUCUGCUACGAGUGGUGUAGCUUCCAACCUGGUAAUGAAAUCAGUGUAUGCACGGAUAUAUUUGCUUUCGGGUCAAUGCUGUUCGAACUUGAAACCGGGCGUGUCCCUUAUAGCGAGCUGGAAGGGACUAUGGAGAUGGGGAGCCUAAUUACAGUUGUUGAGAACUUGUUCGCACAGCGGCAGUUUCCAUCUGUGGAGACUUUGGCCUUCGGGUCAGUCAUUUCUUGUUGCUGGAAUGGCAAAUACAAUUCAAUGGAGGAAGUGUAUCGAGAUAUCGCUUGUCAAUGUGAGAAUUAUUCGGAGGAAAGCCUGUAA